AUGAGUGAUGGAGCAGAAAUUGAUGUAUUGAUAACGACAGAAAUGAUUCAUCUAUUGAAGGCUUAUACUUCAGAUUCCAAGUCCUCUCAUGGCAGAUUCAGCACAGCAUCUUUGAAGUCUACAUUCACGCCAGCAAAAGAGGACAGUGAGGAUUGGGGAUACAACCUGGUAGUAUACCUGGCUAUCUUCCUAUUUUUGCUGCUUUUGCUGGUUUUAUUUCUUUUUAUGGUCAUCAAACAGCUGAAGAAUUCAGUAGCAGCUGUUGUGUGGCAGCCUAAUCGCUCCGUUAGAGAACCCUGGAGUGCACAUAGAGAGCAGGCUGUCUAG